AUGCUGGCGCCGAGCGAGUUGCCGUUUAGUGGCGAAUCAAAACUCGUUAAUAAUAAAACGAGUGUCGGCUCGCGAUCGAUCCUGUCGGCGGGACAGAUAGUUCCACCAAUCCCAGAGAGUGAAAGUCACACGGCUAAUUUUAUUAGCGGGAUCGUUAGGGCGAUGCGCUACUGGAACGCAGUGCUCGCCUUGUUUCUCAUUCAGCUUGUUCUUGUCAACGGUUGGUCCAUUGAAAAUAUCGUCACAUCCAUUCAGACUCUGAUAAAGUCGAACGAUCGAUCAAUCCCUGCGUCAGACUACGCGCGUGGAAACGAUGAGAAUUCCACGGACGGCGGCGUAAAAGCGGAAAGUAGCAUAAUAAUGGUUCCUCGGCGAAAGAAGAUUUGCGCGGCGGGAGAAAAAGUGGAUCGACGUGGCAAAUGCAGGCAGGUUUGGAGAUAA